CAGUUGCAAAUGAGUUACGACAAAUUCGAUAGCACGCUGAACAUCCACGUGAUCCAAGGCAGACGAUUGAAAUGCAGACCGAAUGGGAGUGCCGCUGAUCCUUUCGUUAAAAUUUAUCUUCUUCCGGGAAGAAAUCUAUCAAAUCGUCGCUGCACAAAAUACAUAACGAGGACUUCAAAUCCGGAAUGGCACCAAACGCUGGUGUUUAUGGGCCUCUCAAGGUACGAACUCUCCCAGAAAAACCUCGAAGUAUCAGUCUGGGAUUAUGAUAAGUGCAAGAAUCAUUAUUUUCUUGGCGAGACUGUGCUACAUUUGGAAGGUUGGGGUGGAAAAAUUUUCAUUACAUUUCUAUGGUUAACACUUAUUCAAUCAACUAACCAAUCAAUCAAUUAA